AUGACACACACACGCGUCGAAGAAGAACUUCACGAUAAUGCUCAUAUUGACUACGAUCGUGUGACUAUUCAAUGGCAACCAUCUGUUCCUCAGCUUUAUGAGGAAGCUCUUAAGCAUGAGACCGGGUCUGCUAUCUCAUCUAAUGGAGCGCUCAUCACUGCUUCUGGUAUCAAAACUGGUCGUUCUCCAAAGGACAAGCGUUUGGUGGACGAACCAACCUCGUCAAGCGAUAUCUGGUGGGGUCCAGUCAAUACCAAAUUACCAGAACACGUUUUUCUGAUCAAUCGUGAACGUGCAGUGGAUUACUUGAACACUCGUAGUCAUAUCUAUGUAUUUGAUGGUUACGCCGGAUGGGAUCCCAAAUAUCGUAUCAAGGUCCGAGUUGUAUCAGCUCGUGCCUACCAUGUACUUUUUAUGCGAAACAUGUUGAUUCGCCCAACCGAGAAAGAAUUAGAAACCUAUGGUUCGCCCGAUUUCACAAUUUACAAUGCUGGUGCUUUCCCAGCUAAUCGUUAUACCACUGGUAUGACUUCCACUACUUCGGUUUCUAUCAAUUUUCAUAUGCGGGAAAUGGUGAUCUUGGGUACUGAGUAUGCUGGUGAAAUGAAGAAGGGAAUUUUCACUGUAAUGCACUACUACAUGCCAGUCAAACACAAAGUACUAUCACUACACUCUUCAGCAAACGAAGGUCCCAAUGGCGACGUUUCAGUCUUCUUCGGUCUCUCUGGCACUGGCAAAACAACACUAUCAGCAGACCCAAAACGUUACUUGAUCGGUGACGAUGAACAUUGUUGGUCAGAUGAUGGUGUCUUCAACAUCGAAGGUGGUUGUUAUGCCAAAUGUAUUAAUUUGUCGGCUGAGAAAGAACCGGAGAUUUUCAAUGCUAUUCGUUUCGGUUCGGUAUUGGAAAAUGUUGUGUAUGAUGAGAAAUCUCGUGUGGUGAAUUAUGAUGAUAGUAGCGUGACUGAAAAUACUCGGUGUGCUUAUCCUAUUGAAUUUAUUCCUAAUGCAAAGAUACCUUGUACCGCUGGUCAUCCGAAGAAUCUUAUCCUCUUGACAUGUGAUGCCUACGGUAUUCUACCACCAGUCUCGAAACUUUCAUCGGCACAAACAAUGUACCACUUCAUUUCCGGCUAUACUGCAAAAAUCGCCGGUACAGAAGAAGGUGUCACUGAACCAGAGGCCACCUUCUCCGCCUGCUUUGGACAACCCUUCCUUGUCCUCCACCCAGCACGUUAUGCAAGAAUGUUAGCCGAUAAAAUAGAACACCACAAAGCCGACGCCUGGUUAGUUAACACCGGAUGGAACGGUGGUGCCUAUGGUGUCGGUGAACGUAUCAAAUUAAAGUACUCGCGUGCUAUUAUCGACGCUAUACAUUCCGGUGAAUUGGCCAACGCCGAAUUCGAAAACUAUGACGUGUUUAACCUUAAGGUACCAAAGAACAUCACAGGUGUCCCGUCGGAAAUUUUGAAUCCUGCUACAGUAUGGAAGGGACCUAAAGAGGAGUUCCUAGGAAGUCGUAAGAAAUUGGCGCAACGAUUCAUUCAUAAUUUCCGAAAUUAUGAAGAUCAGACUACGUCUGAAGUCAUCGCUGCUGGACCAGUUCUUUAA